AUGUCAUCACGUCGUUUAUCUCGUAGUCAAUAUGCUAUUCCAAAACAUUAUGAUGUUCAUUUAACAACUGAUCUUGAUUCUGGUCAAUUUUGUGGUUCAGUUAAAAUAGAUUUAAUUAUUGAAGAACAUAAUCAAACAUAUAUUAAACUUGAUACAUCUCAUUUAAUAAUUGAUCUAUCAUCUGUAUCAUUAAUAUUAAUAUCAUCAUUAACAAAACUUGAUUGUUCAGUUGAAUUUAAUGAUUUAAAUGAAUUUCUUGAAAUUCGUCUUUCAAAUAAUCAAACAUUCUCUAUGAAUAUUCCAUAUCGUUUAAUAAUUAAUUCAUUUUCCGGUCAUAUAACAACCCAAAAUCAUAUUGGAUUUUAUCGUUCAACUGUUGAUAUUUUAUCUUAUAAUAAUAAUCAUAAUAAUAAUAAUAAUUCCAAUGAAACGUCAAUUAUAAAAAAACAUUAUGGUAUAACACAAAUGUCACCAACACAUUGUCGUCGAGUAUUUCCUUGUUUCGAUGAACCAUCAUUACGUGCAACAUUUGAUUUAACACUGGAUGUUCCAAGACAUAUGCAUGCAUUAUCAAAUAUGCCACAACUUUAUUCUCAAGAUAAUCUAAUGAAUAGUGGAACAAAACGUAUACGUUUUCAACGUACACCAUCAAUGCCAACAUUUCUUCUAUGUUUUGUUAUUGGAGAAUUUGAUGUUCUUAAAAGUGAACCUGUUGAAAGAUUAAAUAAAGAUAAUGGAUUAUCUCCAAUUGAAUUAACAGCAUAUACAUUACCGGGUAGAAAACAUGAAGCGACAUUUGCAUUAAAUUGUGCAAGAAAAGCUUUACAUUAUUAUGCUGAUUUAUUUCAAAUUGAAUAUCCAAUGCCAAAACUUGAUCUUGUUGCUGUACCUGAUCUUUUCUAUCCAGCUAUGGAAGAUUGGGCACUUAUUCUUUUUAAAGAAGAAGAAAUGUUAAUAAAUGAAGAGCAUGCGAAUAGUAUUCAAUAUCGUAAUGUUUGUCAAUCAGUAACACAUGAAAUAGCUCAUCAAUGGUUUGGUAAUUUAGUAAGCAUUCAUUGGUGGAAUGAUGUAUAUGUUAUUGAAGGUUUUGCUAAAUGGUUUGAAUAUUUAGCAACCGACUAUAUAAUUCCUGAACAUAAUGUAUUUUCUGAAUUUUUUACUACACAAUUUGUACGUUAUUUUGAUUAUUGUGUUAAUAUUCUUCAUAAUGAAGCCGAUGAUCUUGAUGAAAAAGAUUUUUCAUUUGAAGGUUAUAUUUAUUCGAAAGGUUCAUGUUUAAUGCGUAUGUUACAUUUAUUUAUUGGACAAAAUGAUUUUCUUGAUUCUAUUCGAUUAUUUUUACAACGAUAUUCAUAUCGUACAGCAACUGCAAUUGAUUUUUGGACAUGUGUAGAAGAAACAACAAAAUUACCAAUAAAAAAAUUAGUUCAUAGUUGGUGUACAAAAAAGAGUUAUCCCGUUGUACAAGUUAAAAUAAUUGGACAUGAUGAAACAACAGGAAUUUGUGAUUUGGAAUUAAAACAAAUGAGUUUUUGUCGUGGUCAUGAACAAGAUAAAAAAGAUUCAUAUGAUAAAAAAAUAUCUUGUCAUUGUAUUAGAACAAAUGAUUUAAUAUGUGAUACAAAACGAGAUGUAAAUAUCUAUCAAUCAAAUGAAAAUGAUCAAAAUUGGAUUAUACCAAUAACAAUAUUAAAUAAUCAAUCGAAUUCAUCUCUAACAAAACAUUUAAUGACAAAUAAACAAGAAAUUAUACAUAUUAAUACAAAUUCAUUAAUAGAUAUUGAAGAACAAAAUAAUAAUAAUGAUGAUGAUGAACCAUUGAUCAAAAAACGUCGUGGAUGUUCAUCAUCAUCAUCAGUAUCAAAUUGGUUUAAACUAAAUGUAUGUUCAGGUGGACCCUAUCGAGUAUUUUAUUCAUCUGAUAUGUUAGAACAAUUAAUUCAAGCUAUUAAUAAACAAGAAUUAAAUACAUUUGAUAGAUUUAAUUUACAAAAUGAUAUGUAUGCAUUAGUUAUGGGUGGUUUUACAUCAUUAGUUGAUUAUUUAAAUUUACUUUUAAAUGCAUAUGUUAAUGAAUUAGAUGAUGAACUUGUUUGGAAAGAUAUUGAAAGUAAUAUUAUAAGAAUUGGAACAUUAUUAGAAUAUAAUAAACAAUUAUUUGAUUAUUAUCGACAAUUUGUACUUUUUUUUCAUCGAAAUUUAUAUCAAAGAAUUGGUUUUACAUCAUAUGACAAUGAACCAGUUGCACAAGGACGUUUAAGAUGUUUUCUAUUAGUUAUUCUAGGUACAAUUGGUCAUGAUUCAUCGAUAAUAUCAAAUGCUCGUGAACAAUUACUUGUAUAUUUGAAUAAUUCAUCAGCAACUGUUCUUUGGCCAAUAUGUGCUAUUGUAGCUCAUCAUGCAUCGGAAAAUGAUUUAAAUAAUUUAUUUAAAUUAUGGGACCAACGUUCACGUCGUGAUGAUCGUCUUCGUUGUGCAUAUGGUUUAUCCUAUGUUCAAGAUGCAUCACAUAUCGAUCGUGUAUUAGAUUUAUUUACAAUAAAUAAUAAUUUUAUACGUUUACAUGAACGUAUUGAAUGUUAUAAAGGUUUUUGUUUAAGUAAACAAGGUCGAUAUUAUUAUCAACGAUAUAUUGAAAAUAAUUGGUUAUUAUUACGAACAAAUUAUAAUGAUGAAUAUCUUGAAGCACUUAUACGUGAAACAUUUGGAUAUUUUUCAACAAAAGAUGAAGCAAUACGUAUUGAAGAAUUUUUUCUUUCAAAUGAAACAUUUAAUCAAAAAUAUAAAAUAAAUAUUAAAGAACCACCAGCAACACCAUGUACACGUAUAGCUGUACAUUUAUGUUUAGAUGAUAAUGAAUUAUCAACAAUAAAUAAAAGUAGUUUACCAUCACCUAUACUUAAUCAUCAUCAUUCAAUGAUUCCAAAUAAAGUUAAAGAAGUUGCUUCAAUUAUAGCUCAUACAACACGUACACGUGCUGCUUUACUUGAACGUGAUUAUGAUAGUUUACUUACAUUUUUUCAAUCAAAUACUUUUCCGAAUAUAUCAACUAAUGCAACUACAUCCAGUCAGAUACUUUCAGUUAAUACACCCAAUAUAUCAAAUAUGGUAUCAUCUUGUUCGCCAACAUUGACAACAAGUGGUAAUAAACGAAAACGACGACUUUCCUCUUUAAAUACAAGUACUUCAUCUCCGCCAGUACGCAAUCUAUUAGCAUCGGAUACAAGUGUUUAA